UUAUUUAGUUUAUUAAAGAUGUUUCAGAAGUAUGUGCGGGAAACCAUUAUUUAACAGUGUUUGUGGUCUGUCAUUACAGAAUAGUGUCAUCAUAGUCGGUGUAGUUGAGUUAAUAAUAACAGUUGUUGCUACUGUACUAAACGUGCUAAAAUAUUCUCAGGGAUAUGACAGGACCGAGUGCGAAAAGGUUGAUGUAUGUAUUGGACCACUCAUAAAAUAUUCUGUUUUUGAUGCUCUUUUUGGAGUAGUUUGUUCAUUAAUGCUCAUUUUUGGAGCAAAGACUAGAAAUGUUUGCCUAUUGAUUUGUUGGAUGAUUCUCACAUUCUUCUUGAGUACAAAAUACAUCUGGGUGGUUGUCACUCAUGAUUGGACUAAUCUAGAGGAUUGGAUUUCUAUCACAUACCUUCUCUUCUAUCUAAUAGUAUAUCUCCUGGUGUGGUCUCUCUAUCGAGAGAUUAAAACUACUCCGGCCAACUAUUCAAAUACGCAGCCGGCAGCUACUGUGAUCCUACAUCAGACCUAUACACCAGUUCAACCACAGUAUCAGAUGCAGCAGUUCCCACAGCAACAACAAUACAAUCAACCACCUCCAUACAAUCCACAAUAUUAAAUUACAACAACAAUACAACCAUCUCCGUACAAUCCACAAUAUUAAACUACAACAACAAUACAACCACCUCCGUACAAUCCACAAUAUUAAACUACAACAACAAUACAACCCCCUCCGUACAAUCCCCAAUAUUAAACUACAACAACAAUACAACCACCUCCGUGCAAUCCACAACAUUAAACUACAACAACAAUACAACCACCUCCGUACAAUCCACAAUAUUAAACUACAACAACAAUACAGCCACCUCCGUACAAUCCACAAUAUUAAACUACAACAACAAUACAACCACCUCCAUACAAUCAACCAGCUCCAUACAAUCAACAAUAUUAAACUACAACAACAAUACAACCACCUCCAUACAAUCAACCAGCUCCAUACAAUCAACAAUAUUAAACUACAACAACAAUACAACCACCUCCAUACAAUCAACCAGCUCCAUACAAUCAACAAUAUUAAACUACAGCAACAAUGCAACCACCUCCAUACAAUCCACAAUAUUAAACUACAACAACAAUACAACCCCCUCCAUACAAUCCACAAUAUUAAACUACAACAACAAUACAACCACCUCCAUACAAUCCACAAUAUUAAACUACAACAACAAUACAACCCCCUCCAUACAAUCCACAAUAUUAAACUAUAACAACAAUACUAUCAACCACCUUCAUACAAUCCACAAUAUUAAACUACAACAGCAAUAAAACCACCUUCAUACAAUCCACAAUAUUAAACUACAACAACAAUACAACCACCUCCAUACAAUCCACAUAUUAAACUACAACAAAAAUACAGCCACCUCCAUACAAACCACAAUAUUAAACUACAACAACAAUACAACCCCCUCCGUACAAUUCACAAUAUCUAACUGCAACAGCUUGCGCAACAACAAAUUUGAAUUUUACCAACAACAUUUUAUUUAGUAGACAUUAAAAUGAAUCAAUGAAACUCAAUACUCAUUAUGUUUAAACGUCUGGAUCUUGUACCUAUUCUUGUUGGUACAUUGGCAGUGUAUUUGUCCAUUGCCCUUCAAACAUUUUAAAAUAUUAGAAGUAUCUCAAAUUCCUUUCAUAUUUGUGUCUCAUAUACAGCUUAUAAUAACAUUUUAUAUCUUUUUUGAAGGAAUUAGGAGCAAAAUCCAACCUAUUUUUACAUCACCAUCCCAUCCCCAAUUACAUUUUACGUGUACAAUUUUUUCGUGCGAAGGUUGUCAAAUAUGGUUUUCCAAAUUAUUAAUAAGAUUUGUAUUUGGUCUCAUUCCUGAAUUGACAGCGCUCAGUUCUCACAUGACAGAUUUGUAAUUGUAAUAUUUGUAAAUAUAAUACGCUGGACAAAUAAAAAUAAUUCUCAUCUCUUGUAAA